AUGCAGCCGCAUUCCGCGACUGAUGCGUACAUACCCAUCCUGAUGACAUCAGGGACACCCUGCGUUCUCACCUCUACGUCCUUCCCCGAGCCGCUUCGAGACACGUCCAGCGAGUUGGGGUGCGAGUCCAGUGUACGAUGGGUGCACGGAAAGGCCCAAUUAUUGGGGGACGUGCGGGUGUCUGGUUUCUUGCUAGCUGAGGCGAUGGUGGUCGUUCGGGGAGACAUUGCCUCAGUAUCCCUUGCCGAUGCUGUCAUCCUCCGUGCAGGGUGUGUCGUGCGCCCCCCGCUGCGGCCCUUGUUGAACCUAACCGUGGCUGAGUCUUCCCCCGUGACGAUAGGCUCCGCAACGAUGCUUGGGAAACGAACCGUGUGUGAGGCAACGUCGGUGGGGAGUUACGUGCACGUGGAGGACGAUUGCGUGAUUGGGGAGUGGGCCGAGGUCCCUGACGGCGUGUGGCUGCGUUCGGGGUGUGUGGUGCCCGCCGGGCUGCGGCUUGCCCCUUACGCCGUCUACGAGGGACGGCCGGCGCGUCCGGUGGCCAGCCUGGAUGCGGAGUUGCACCAGCUGUUUAUGAGGGACCGGGUUUACGAGGUGUUCUCCGUCACAUCGGACCCCUCCCCGUAG